AUGCACGAGAGUUUGACGUAUCAGUUCCUGGAUUGUGAUUUUGUGCAGGCUUUGCUUGUAGCAAGAAAGAAUAGACUUGUAUAUGUUUCGUUAGGUAGAAAUAAAGCCACUUUGUUGAAAGGUGCACAGGAAACAUUCAAAAAAUUGGGUAAAGCCAAGAAGAUAGACUACUAUUUACUAAAGGACAGUAAGCAUUCGAUGGACAUUAUGUGUGAACAGUACAUGCAACUUUUAGACGGUAAGAAGGCACCUGAGCUUGAAUAUGAGUAUAUGUUUGGUACGGAUUUUCAGAAGAAAGUAUGGGAUCAACUGGUAAAGAUUCCAUCAGGUACAGUAAAGACAUACUCUGAAAUUGCGAAGGAAGUGGGUUCCAGCAAUUCAUGUCGAGCAGUGGGGCGGGCCUGUGGGGAGAAUAAGCUUGCAGUCUUAGUGCCAUGUCAUUCUGUGGUGGGAUCAUCUGGGAAAGAUCUUGUGGGAUACAGGUGGGGCAUUGACGUAAAGAAACGUCUUUUAGAACGAGAAGGUGUUCAUAUUUACAAGUGA